CCCGAUGCCAUCUUGGCCCGCCGUCGUCGUAGUCAAUUAGACACUAGACACAGAGAGCCAGAAGAAGUUUUGAGUGCGGAUCGACGGAGACGGACCCUCCUCGGACGGAACGGAUUUUAUUUCGGAAUUUUUCACCCCGUCGCAGUGCCCGUAAAGUGUUGAAAAACGGUUCGAAAGGUGCGCGGGUGAUCAUGUAACGCGCGGGACGUGUCCAGUGCCCGGUGUGCGACGCGUAAAGUUCGGUACGAGCGUUUUUGGGAUUUUUUUUCGGUCAGCUCUGGGUGCACUUUGCCCAAAAUGUCGAUGUAGAAAAGAGCUCUACAGUACAGACGCAUCACCCGAGAAACGCAACAACAACAACAACAUCAGCAAAAGUAAAGAAAAAAUAGAAAGAACCCACAUACCCCCCACCACAACAACAACAACAUACUCAGAGACAGACAACAAUCGAGAGCAGUAAAAGAGGAAGAAGAAGAAAAAAAACAGUUAAUUUUGCUUAUAAAAUGGAUAGUAAAGAUCAGCUCGCUUCGGAACAGUUGAUACUGUUGUCAUCAGAUGACGAAAACGAUGGCGACGUGGUGAUAGACUACCUAAGCUCCAGCAAUCCACCGCUGGUGACCGGUGGCGGAGGCGGCCUGCUCAAAUGCAAUGAGAACUCCGCCGUAACUCCGAAGGACCUUCUCUUACACCAGCUUCAGUCAGCGCCGACACCGAACAACAACAACGUGCACAACUACAGCAGCAGCAUCGUGGAAAAGUGCAACAACAAGAGCAAACUGAGCGACAUCGUCAUCGAUACCGGCUUGAGUGACUGCGACCCGCAGUCGGCCACCAGCAACAACAUCCUCGGCAACAGCGGAGGUGUCGGCAACAGUGGCACUAGUGUUGCCAUCAACAACAGCAACAAUAGCCACGGCCAGCACGGCCACCCCCACGCCAACAUGGUGCCAAUCAUCAGCGUGACCCCGCACAGCCCGGGGGCCAAGUAUAACUUUUUGGAGGACACGCUGAACCACCUGCAAUGCAUCCGAGAAAGUGUGGUUCAGAUGAAGAACUCCACCAUCCAGAACACCAACUUUGGUGGCGCUGGACUGAUCGGAGCUUCGACGCUGUCCUCGAACAAGCUGUUCUCGUCGUGCCCGUCGCUGCCGGAUCUGACCAUCUCGAACCCGGGCGGCAUCUGGCCCCACCAGCAGACCAUGUACGGGCUCAACACCGACCGGCGGAAGUCGUGGACGGCGAUCGAGGACCUGACCGAGUGUGCCAAGUCGUCGCACAAGAGUGUCAGCCUGUCGAGCCUGGACAGCGAGGAGCAGGAAUCGCUGCGGGCCGCCGAGAGGUUGCACAACCGAACCAGCCGGAACAGUACCGGAGGGAUAUCGACGCACUCGCUGAACGAGGCGGAGCUGGCGCGCGAUUUUGAGAAGAUCGUCGCCAAGCGAAACCUGGCCCCUACGGUCUGUCGGAUCCCGCUGCAGAAAAGCAUCUCGACGCCGUCGAUUGCGCCGGUUCGCAAUCAAGGUGCCAAGGAGGACAAUGCCACUCCUUCAAGGCAUCUUUCCGACAGUGAAGAUGAAACCCACGACGAUCGGUCACUACUUUGUGUGAGAGACAAAAACAGCGAAGGCUACACCGACCACCCGGAAAAGCGCAGAAAACGAGGCUCACUGUUUUUCCGCAAGAAAAAGGACAAAAACAAAACCAAGGGCCAAAACUCGACAUGCGACGCUUGUGGCGCGGUUAUAAAUCUGGCCACGUACAAGGAGCAUGCCGUGGAGUGUAAGGCUAAAAUUGCAAAGAAAUAUUUCCAAGUGCAGCCCAAAUCGAGCUCCAGCAAAAAGAACUCCACCAACAGUGAAAAAAGCGGCAAGAAAAUGACUGGAUGCUACUCUCCGUGGAGAUUGGUCGCAAACAAGUUAGGCGUGGUUUCAACUCACGCCAGCCACAGUUCCUCGCACCACGAUGAUCAAGCCAGAGACUAUUACGAUGGCAACAUGCAAAAUGACAACUCAAACUACUCGGACGACACGCCGCUCAUUCGGGACGAGUUUCUGCACGAGGCGCCGAUCGGGCCGCACGACCUCGGCGCGGAACCGAUACUGGGCGUGGCCAUCGACGAGCACGACUCGUGGAGUCCCAGCGUGCCGAAGGAGAUCGUCAAGUCGCUCAAGGAUAAGCAGGUUAAGCGCCAGGAGCACAUCUACGAGUUCAUAAUGACGGAGAAGCAUCACUGCCAAACCCUACUAGUCAUGCAGAAAGUGUUCGUCGAGAGCCUGCAGAAGCACUUUAGCCACCUGAACCUGGAGCGGAUGUUCCCGCGGUUGCUCGACCUGACCGAGCUGCACACGAGCUUCCUGAAGAAGCUGCGCCAGAAGCAGCGCGAGGCGGCCGUCGUCGACAGCAUCGCCGACAUCCUGCUGGACUUCUUCUCGGCCAUGUCGGCCCAGAAGCUCAAGUCGGCGUACGGGGAGUUCUGCUCGAACCACCGGUCCGCGCUGAGCACGUUCAAGUGCUACAUGACCGGGGACAACACGUUCGCCGAGUGGUACAAGCACUGUCAGCAGAACCCGCUGCUGAAGAAGAAGGGCAUUCCGGAGUGUAUUCUGUUCGUGACGCAGCGGUUGACCAAGUACCCGCUGUUGAUCGAUCCGCUGCUGAAGAGCUCGCGGGAGGACAAGAUCGAGCAGGAGAAGCUGCAGAAGGCGAUGCAGCUGGUGAAGGAGAUUUUGGUGGACGUGGACGCGCGGGUUGCGGACAAGGAGAAGGAGGACCGUCAAUUAGAGAUCUUCAAGCGGAUCGACGCCAAGUCGUACGCGAUCUUCAAGAAGGACAAGUUUAAAAAGUCGGACAUCAUUUCGAGCAAUCGGAAGCUGAAAUUUGAAGGCGUCGCCACGCUGAUGCAGGGCAGGUCCAAGAUGCAAACCGUACUGGUGGUCGUACUGUCCGAUUGCCUGUUUUUCCUGCUGGAGAACUCCCACAAGUACUCGUUUUUCACGCCGGAGAAUAAGGCCGGCGUGGUAUCGCUGCAGAAGCUGCUGAUCCGCGAGAAGGCCGGCACCGAGUCGCGCGGGAUCUACAUCAUCUCGUCGAAUCCGGCCUACCCGGAGAUGUUCGAGCUGAAGGUGCAGAACCCAAAGGACAAGAACGUGUGGAUUCAGUCGAUAAGAGCGGCUGUUUUGGACUGCCCGUCGGACGAGUCCGAGGUGGAGGACUACAUGACUGCUGAACAACGCCAAAAAUUGAUAGACGCUAAGCAAGCUAACAUUCGUGAGAUUAUCUCGAUGGGAACGACCGAACUGGAAGGCAAAAUGAGGCAAAAAGACUUUGAGCAGGCGAUCCUGCUGGAGGAGAAGAUCGCCCUCCAGCUGAGCCUGCUGCUGGACAACGAGCACCACAACAGCGACCAGCUCGGUCCGACGGUCGAGGCGUUCAUCUCGCAGUACGGCUCCUACCGGGAUCUGGUCUCGGACGACUGUGAUACGAUCGAGAUUUGGAAGCGCGUGCUGAACACGAUCCAGGAGAUCAGCACGUUGGCCGCGUCGCUGUACACGGCGGCCACCGGACUGCCCCUGUCGCGGUCCUGCAGCUCGGUUGGCGAACGCCAGAGCGAAGUGUACAUCUCGCCAACGCUACCAAAGCGGGCCGAAACGUUCGGCGGAUUCGACGAGCGCCGGUCCAAGCAGCAACAGUGCAUCACCAACUCGUCCCGGGACGCCGUCCUGUCGACGCUGUCCGCCGGGUACUUUACGAACCGAGAGAGCUACGAGAAGCGCGAGUCGAACGCUUCUGAGAUGGAGGGUGGACCGCCGUUUUCGCCCGGUCCGCUUAGUCACGCUCCCAUGAAGCUGAUGACGCCGGACAUACUGACCACGGAGCAGGCCAAAGACAACAGCUUCGCGGCGUUGCACGUGUCCCACCAUCUGCACACGCUGCUCUGCAUCAUCUCGCAGCAGAUGACCACCAUCCAAAGUCUGCAGCACCAGCUGAACUCGUUCCGGGAGAACCCCAAGAACAUGUACCGCCAUAAUGACCAGCUGGAGGAGCUGCGCAACCUGCAGGACAAACUCCAGGAGGAGAAGACGGCCUGGCAGAAGCAGAAGGAAACGGAGGAGCGCGAACUGGACGAGCAGCGGCUCUCGCAGAAGACGCUGCAGGAGCAGAUCCGGGCCGAGCAGGAGGACAUCAAGCAGCAGCGGGAACAGCUGUACCGGAAGAUGGAGAUCCUGUCCAGCCAGGGGCUGCUGCUGUCACCGAGUGUUGCUCUACCGGUACCAACCGGUGCGAUGACCUCGCAGCACGACGACCUGUCGAGCAACAGCGAGGAGUACCACGUGGACAGCGGUCUCGGCGGAACGCCGAUCACCACCAUCGACCGGAGAAAGGACAAGUGGAGAACCGCUAGCAUAACCUCCAAGACGCCACCGGUGAAUCUGGUCAGCGCGACAAACGCCCCAAAGAUGAACGCUUCGACCAUCAAGCAGCAGCUGCCGCUCAAGCUGUCCUCGCUGUCGUCCAGCUCAAAGUCAAACAACAACUCGGUGACGUCACCGGGCGGUGGAAGCAGUCCCAGCUUGAUGGCCGGUUCCGGGGCCAGUGGCGCUGGGAACGCGGGCGGAGCCGGAGUUAUGCAGAUGUUUCCGCUGAAGUUGGCGGAUAAGAAGAUUAACGCGAGCUUACCGAACCACUCGAGAACCGGAAGUAGUCCGGCGGUGAUUCAGCAGCAGGUGCAGGUUCAGACGGGUAACCCGGCGACGAGAACCAACACCUACCCCAAGAUCCCCGAACGUUACCGGUUGCGCAGCUCGGACCAGUACCAGUCCCCGCAGCACUACACCAGUUCGGGCAACCCCGCCGCGUCCCAGUCCCAUCCGCACUCGCCUUCGUCCCCGUCGCCCUCGCACUCGCACCGUUCGGCGUCACUCCACGAGCAGCACCAGCACCAGCUUCAUCUCCAGCAGCAGUACCAACACCAUCAACAGCAGCAAUUCCACCCGCAGCAUCACUCGAUCCACACGACACCCCUGUCGUCGCGACACUCAAGUCUGCAGUCACCGCCGCCGCAACAUCCGGUAGCAGGUGGUCCCGGAAUGUCCGCGGACAACAACAACGGAGGCAGCCCUGGCGGCGGCGGCCAGCAGAGCAACAAAAAGGACUCCGCCAAGAGCAACAAAGAGGAAGAGGUGAUUUAUUUUUGAUACAUGCCUGUUGAAGUCGAGAUCUAAGCUGGACUGGAUGCUUCUGUGCGCGCUGGUCGUCACCCUGUUGCUGCAGCUUCUCCGACUGCUCCUCUAUCCUGUGUUCUACUUGCUCUCCUAGGAAUGCAACCUGCGUUGCAUUCGCCACCUAUUGUGCAAAUCACGGGUAAACCAAGUUUACUUCCUACCUUUCUUUUAAGACGAACGAACUAUUGAACGAAAAAUCAAUAAAAUUGAUGCAAAUUUUUGUACAGUUUAAGCUUACUUUUCUACUGAAACAGAAAACUUUUAUGCUUUUUUGUGCGGCCUAUAAUUUAGAACGCUGCGCGCGCAUCGUCAAGUAGGCGAGGAUCGUCGAGAAAGAUUACAUUAUCAAAAAAUGGUGUAGCAAAACCAGAGUUAGUAGUGGAUUGUUUCUAUUUGUUCCAGAAAACAAACAAUUAACAACGUUACAGGAUAUAAUUCAAUGUGAAAAACACACAUACAAAACAUAUCUGUUGAUGGUUAGCAAACUGUCCUUUCGAUUCCACAAAAUGCGCACAAUGCAAUAUCCCCCCCAUUAAUCUGUCUCCGUUUUGUCGAAUUCAUUUCCACGUAACCCGAAAGUGAGAAUAAAUCUUAUUCUUAAAAUACAGUACAGUACAAUCUCCCCCUCCCCCUGACAAAGACAUUCCACGGUGGCGUGAAGGUGUGUGAGAUAUCUAAAGCGAUGCAUUCUUCAUCAUUUUGAGAUCUUGUAGGAGAUUGGAGUUGGAAUUGCAACCAGAAUUGAGGAAAUCCAACUCAAAAAUGAUAUUUUUUCUUUUUUUUCGAUUUGACGUCUAAUUCAUGUUGAAAAUGGCAAAAAUGUGUUUGACUACAGAAAAAAAACUUAAAAAAAACAUACUUCUUCUGCUUCUCGAGGUAGAUAUUUCGUGCGCUGCAUCCACGGUAGUUGCUGGUGUGGUUACCUCCACAGUUUGCGCACUUGGGAUUGACUUGGUUUGCUCUGCGUUGUCCCCCAAGUCCGGAAACGGUAGCAUUCGCUACUUCCAUCGGGCUCUUGGAGUAGAACCGCCAGUAUACCCAACAACAAAAUACUUUCGUGGCGUUAAUUCGGCACUUGAGAGGUACCCCUUCAGGUCAGAAAGUGGACGGUCUUGGCAACUCGGUAAUACAACCUUAAUAGCUGUCUUCAAAACGGGGUCGAAUGUGUAGAACUUGAAGUUGGUACGCUUCAAUUCUUCCACAACCAGGUCGUAGUUUUGUUUUGUCGAAUGAAGUCACUUGCACUAACGAUUUACCGAAUUUGAGACAGUAUCUGAGGCCUUCCAGUAGCUUGUCACAAUCUGAGUGAUUGAAGCGUAAACAAGCAUCGAACAGAAACAUCAGAUGCCGCGACGUAAACAAAAGCCAAACUGUCAAAAAUAGAUACCCGUCACUGAAAAUGCUCACCUCAUGCAUCCAGUGCUGGCUAUUAUAUUGUUAUUGUUUUCCCCAUCAUCCAGCUUCUAUUGAGAAUAUUGGCUGAAGUUGAUGUGCUAGUCGCCGGAUUUUGGCCGGAAGAACCUGUGCGUUGCCUUGUCCUUUUGGGGCUGCUCUCCUGAACACGACAAUUGGCGGUAUUGUAAUAAACUUGAAUGAAAUAUUUCACCGCACAGCCUCCUUCGCGCGAUGACUUUCGAUGCGGCGUUGGUUUGUUUACCUUUUUGCACUCGGCCGGUAGACGAACUUCGCGGGUAUUUCGAGGCCGCACUUGAACUUCCAUGGCCACGGUCGGCCUUUGGCAUGCUGGAGGAGCAAACCCCCACGGAUAAUUACGGUCAAUUACGGCGAAAAAUCUCGAAAAACCGAAGAGCACUGAACACUUGACAGCUGCUUGCUCUAGAGUGUACACGGAGAGAAUAACUCAAAAGAAGUGAUUUUGGACAGAAGCUUUGUUUAAUUAUUUUGCGAUGUGAAAUCUUCAACCAUUGAUGGAUUGUUUACGAAAUAUUUCAUCAUCAAACUUUGAGAACCCAUAGUCAGAUUCCCAUUUUGGCAGCGUUAUUUUGAGACAUUUGAGCCAUAUUUUCGCUAGGGGGCACGGCUUUGUUCUAGAGGUCGUAUCGAUGAGCUCCGAUUUUGAUGAAACUUUCAGCGUUUGUUGGUCUACAAAAAAUAUGUACUCAUGCCAAAUAUGAGCCCUCUACGAUACGAGGAAGUGAGGCAAAAAAUCAAUUCAAAAUUUUGCAAAAAUGUUCAAAAAUAAUAGGCCAAAUUUUUAAAACUCUCAUAACUCAAGUUUGGCAAUACGUAAACCUGCUCGCUUGGUUUCAUUUGAAAGGUCUUUACAUGCACUACAACUUCGACUUUGAAUAACAUCUGUCGGAUACUUACCUCCAGAGAUAUUUACUAAUUACUGAAAAGUCAUGAUUUUUUAAAAAAUUGUCGUAUCUUUCUUUAAAACGGAGAUACCACCAUACCCUAUGUGGCAAAAUUGAGGCAUGGCUAGUACUCUAAGUCUACAAUAAUAACUUUUUGGUACCUACGAUUGUGGUAAAAAAAUCAAUAAUUGUUUGAAAGUCCUUUUUUUUAAUUAAAUUUUACAAUUACAUCAAACUCAAAACAAUGUUUCGAUAUGAAAUCGUUCUUGUUGAGGCUCAAUUUUAUCACCGAAUAUGUUUAUACGCUGGAGAGAUUAAAUAUGGCUUAUUUUGAUACAAGACUUUUUACAUCAGUUUUCAUUCAAAAAAACUAUUAUUUUAGGAAGAAAGUAUAUACGUCUGUCUUUAAUUAUAUGAACUUGGUUUGAUGUCAUCAGAUUGGGCAUUAAUAUAAACAUUACUAAGGUAAAGUGCAUAUCAUUUCUUUUUAUUUUUCGUUAGUGACAGUUUAAUUUAUAAAUAAAGUUUGUAUGAUAUAAGUGUAUGAUAAAUUCAAUAUUGUUCCAUUAUAUAAUAAGAUAAAGUGUAAUUCCAGAGCCCACUUUGUUUUUCUGCCGUUUCCUGAAAAAAAAAAUGAUAUAUCGAGCCAAACAUUUCAUUAGGGCACAAAACCAAAAACCGCGAUUCGAGAAAAUCGCUUGCAAAAAGUGGACAACUUGUUUCAAUUCCUAUUUAAAAAAGAAGCUUGACUGAUGGUAUUUUUACUGAUGAUACGAUAAAACACAUCAUUAUCCUCAACUCUGCUUAAAUGCUUCAUAAUUUAUGUUGAUUUUCGCAAUUAAACUCAUAAUUUAAAAAAAAUCGUUAUUGUGCCCUUUUAACUUUCCAACUGUUGUUCAUUGGUACUUUCUAAAUGCAAUUUCGAAGAGAGCUGAAAGGGCACUAAAGCGCUAUCACCGGAUUGUUGCUAUGAAUGAUGUUUACGGGCCCUUUUGUUUAGUUAGAAAUAAUGAGGAAUUCAGUAGAAAUUUUGAUUAUUGGUGAAGUUUUGUGAUUGAAUAGUGUAGAUAAGGUAUGUGAAACAUAAAAAUUCUUCAAAAGUGUACUGAACAGCAGCCGCGGGACCGUUUUAAAUAUUGUUUUUGGCGUUUUUCUCUGCAGAAAUCCUUGGGGAAAAGUAAACCAAACUUUUUUUUGAAGUGAAUUAGUGUUAAGAAUGUAUGAAAAGUUCACUUUAUAACACAAAAAGUUCCUCAAGUACGAGAACCUAACGGAAAAUAAAAGGGCACAUUUGAACUUUUUUUUUGGUUUGCAGUGAACAUGGUUAUGUGCCCUUUUGUGUUUUUGAUUUUUUUCAAUAGGAAAUUGUUUGUUAUCAAUAUGAUUCUUGGAGGGCAUGUAGGGAGUGUACUAAUGAAUGGAAUAGUGGAAUAAUCCCAAAUGUUUACUUUUUGGUUUUGUGCCCUAAUGAAAUGUUUGGCUCGAUAUAUAAAAAAUUCAAUAGACUUGAAUAGAUGUUGUUGAUAUCACCAUAUAAAGAAAUAUUUCAAAAGAAAUUUCAUGUGAUAAAUUUAGUUCUCAACAGUUUCUAAUAGUGUAGUAACAAAGUCCUGCUUUGUUUUUUCAGAAGCUUCCUGAAAAAAAUAAUAAAAAAAAUAAGUAAAAUGCAAUUGAUUUCUAUACAUGUUAUUUGUUAUUCGCCGUGUAGAAAUCAUCAGAUUUUUCAAUCAUUUGGAUGUGUUCAUCACGUACAUCAGACAAUUUUAGUUUGUUUUGUUUGUAGAGCAUUGCAAAUCUAGCAAAUAGUGAUUUAAUUUGCUCUGUAGUAAUAUAUUUUUGUGUGGAAAACUCUUUUUCUCCAGUUACAGCAUCUCUUUUCGAACGCAUUGCUUGUUACAACAGCAAUAAAGAUAAUAGUUUUUAAAAUAGGUGAUAAAAUUGAGCCUCAACAAGAACGAUUUCAUAUCGAAACAUUGUUUUGAGUUUGAUGUAAUUGUAAAAUUUAAUUAAAAAAAAGGACUUUCAAACAAUUAUUGAUUUUUUUACCACAAUCGUAGGUACCAAAAAGUUAUUAUUGUAGACUUAGAGUACUAGCCAUGCCUCAAUUUUGCCACAUAGGGUAUGGUGGUAUCUCCGUUUUAAAGAAAGAUACGACAAUUUUUUAAAAAAUCAUGACUUUUCAGUAAUUGGUAAAUAUCUCUGGAGGUAAGUAUCCGACAGAUGUUAUUCAAAGUCGAAGUUGUAGUGCAUGUAAAGACCUUUCAAAUGAAACCAAGCGAGCAGGUUUACGUAUUGCCAAACUUGAGUUAUGAGUGUUUUAAAAAUUUGGCCUAUUAUUUUUGAACAUUUUUGCAAAAUUUUGAAUUGAUUUUUUACCUCACUUCCUCGUAUCGUAGAGGGCUCAUAUUUGGCAUGAGUUCAUAUUUUUUGUAGACCAACAAACGCUGAAAGUUUCAUCAAAAUCGGAGCUCAUCGAUGCGAGCAGCGUGCCCCCUAGCGAAAAUCUGGCUCUUAAAUGUAGACUGGACCCAAUUUUCACUCCAAGCUUUUCUGCGAUCCAAAAAUGAUGAAGGACACACACACAAAAAAAAACUAUUAAAGACUUGAACACAUUAUAGUGUGUAAAUGUACAUAGCAAACAAUGUUAUCUCUAGUUAUACAUAAAAAUCAUUAAAAAAUAGACAAACUUGUGUAAGAGAAGAUACCACAAAACACAACACAAACACACAUUCCAACACAGAAACCUAACGUAGUUCCGUUCAAGCGUUCCACAUUUUGCGUCAUAUUCCUCAGUAGAAGUUCCACCCGGAAAAGAAAAAAUCCGGGAAUGCGUGUGAUAUAAAAAAAAAAAAACAGCUGUUAGUUUUCUACACUCAAAACUGUUACGUCGAAUGUUGCAUUUAUAUCAAGCUGUAGCAGAGCGUUUUAACCAGACAAGAUUACCACCAAAAGACAUAACAAAAAAAAAAAAAAAUGCUUGAACUAUUGCUACACUUUUAACGAGACUGGAAUUAAUGAAUUUAAAGUCGCUUUUAGGUUUGUUACACUAGAACCACACUCACACAAAAAACUUGCUUGUUAACUUGACAACUUGAAAAAAAGAUACAAAUAUCUCGACAAUAUCGAAUCACACAGGAUUAGAGCAGCUUUUACGUUUGCCAAAUCAGUUAGCUAACAAAAAAAAUCGCUCAAUACAAUCAACUGAAAAAAAUACAUGGGCAUUAACCGUCAUUUCCUUCCUUCCCAAUGUAAACAAAAACACACACACUGAAAUAAACAUGCAAUCUUUCUGGAUUGUUUUACCCAACUGUACUGAACGUGGCUCGACCGUGUUGCAGCACCGAGCAAAUGAAAAAGUAUUAUUAAUUUUUAAGCAGAUGAUAACACAACAGAUAGAUACCAUUAUUUGCAAAACAAAGAGUAAAGGAAAAACAAAGAGAGAUAAAAAUACAACUUCUUGACAAUACAAAAUGUUCUAUAUAUACAACAUAAAAGCAAAACACGAUAGAGAAAAGAGAAACAACACGCUACACGCAGAGAGAUUGUAAAAAGCUGAUGAAAAUUGGAAAAAAAGAGUAUAACAAACUAAUGCUUCAGAUCAUACACAAACUGAAAGAAUACAUAGCUUUAGACAACUAUCAGAGAAAUGGAUGAAACUCACAGGCGAAAACCGAAUAAACAAAAACAAAACAAUGUGUAUGUAUGUAUAGGUGAACCACUAUAAAGUACUAUCAAUCUAAGGAAUGCAAAAAAUAAAGAUACUUAAAAACUGCAGCAAAACAAACUCCCCUCCCAAAACUUGUAAAUAGUAGUGAACAGAGACUAUUUAACGUUUCAGAGAACAAGUAUUUUUAAUGAACUUGGGUAGGAAACAAAGCAAAAAAACGGAUACUUAAAGAUGAAACCCAGAUUAUAUAUACAAAACAACUACAUUCAACCGUAAAUUACAAGUAAAAAGUGAAACAUUGAAGGCAACUCAACAAAAUAAAAACAAAACAAACAAGACUUAAUCUGCUCAACUCUUCUAUAUUUAAUCGACAAAACAACACGAUGUUACAAAACACACACACACAUUGGAGAGCACGCACGUGCAAGUGAGACUUAGUAGGCGAAAAACAAACACAACACACACACACACUAUGAUUCAAAAACACACACAAACAUGGAACUUUCAAAACCGAUGUGCUACUACAAAAUACUUAACUUUUCUUCAUUCGCGAUGUAUUUUUGUAAACUUUUCAAACCGUUUAUUCUUCGUAAAUUGGAGAUUGAGGCAAAAACCGACAACUUUUUCCGCAAAAUGUAUUUCCCCGUGUUUCGAUGUUGCUUCCACAGAGAACGAGACAUCCGCCGCGCAUUUUUCCUCUCCUCAAGAAGGCAUCAGAGAAUACGUAUAAACAUUUCGAGUAGUAGUCAAGCAAAAUACAUUUAAAGAACGCAGAAAGUUGUAAUCGCUGGAUGUAGAGCAUUCCUCGUGGUGAGGGGCAAACAAAAAAAAUAAGCAAAACAAACAAAAAACGAUGUUAUUAUUGUUGUUCGUCAUAGCAUUUGGUAGUAGCCAUUUUUCCCCCCUCGGAGGAUUUUUUCCAGUGACAGCUCGCUGAUCUAGUAGGCGACGCAGUGCACUGAAAGAAAUCGUCCGCCCGAAAGUGUAACGUUUCAUGCUCUGUUCCUGAUUCCGUUUUGGUUCGUUUGUUGACACAAAAAAAGAGUUCAAAGCAGUAUUUUUGUUUUAAAGACACAUUUUAGUUUGGUAUGUGACUACCCCUUAAGUGCAUCUUAAAUUAUUAUUUAUUUAAUCCCACACAUACAAAAACACAUACACACUAAAUUAUUUAAACACACUCGCGCACUCAUUAAAAAGAAAUGAAACAUAACCUCUCUUUCGAGUUAGUCGCAGCAGCGACGUGCAAGUUAAUCCCGGUUUCUCGUUUACAAUCUUGAACAACUACAAAUUUUCCCAAUAGUUUGGGUUAUUUUAGAAAAAAAAGAAACAAAGUUAAACUAUUACAACCACCUAAUCAGAUAUCGAAAAAAGCAAAUGAAGAAAGUUCUGCCGGCAGAAAUCGCCACCGAUUGACAACAAAACAUGAAAAAACCACAAAUCGUGAGAGAAACAAUCAAGAAUAUAGACUGUUCGUAAGCUAGUUCUUUAUUAUCAUAACGUAUAUUUUUUACCUUGAUCGUAUUAUCAUCAUUAUCGGUUCACCCCUCGUUUCUGUCGAGAGGGGUGCCAGUAUUUAAAAUUUAAAGAAAGGAAAUCUUAUAUACACGUGCAAGCAAAUCAGUUUUAAACAAAAUCGAACUAUUUUUUAACAAAGACAAACCAACAAAAAGAAAAAGAAAUAAAUCCAUUCCAGUUGUUUUACGCGAAUCGCAAAGUGGAUUAACCUUUGGUCUCACGAAAUACUCCUUCCCCCCGCUCUACUUUUGUACUAUUAGAGGUAUUGUACUUAAAGCAAGCAAAGAUGAAGAAAAAACAUAA